AUGAGAUUCUCUACACUAGAGAAAAAGGCAAAACUUGUCAAAAAUAGGCUUCAGAAAAUAAGCAAGUUUGUGUCAGCCCAAAUUACUCUCUCAGAAACUCAAUCAUUAAAUGUUGUUUCCAUUCAGCGCUUACACAACUAUGAUGAUGAAGUUAGAGGUUUAUUCUCUGAUUUUAAAGCUUUAUUCGAUAAAGUGGUUUAUGAUGAUCCUGGUUCUGAUUAUGACGAAACUGAAGCAUGCUCUAUGCAAGAUGAAAUUUCGGACUUGUACAUUUCUCUGAUCAGUGACUUGAAAAUAGUGUUACCUGCUAAAACUAAAGAAGUAACACCUCCCACCCAACCAUCUCUGCGACUGCCCAAAUUUGAGUUGCCCAAAUUCAGCGGUAACUACGAAGAAUGGGUUAGCUACUACAAUAUUUUUGAGGCUUCUAUUAAUAGGAAUGAAACUUUGGCCCCUGUGAGUAAGUUCCAAUAUCUGCUUAGUUCUUUAAGUGGUGAACCCUUAGAUUUAGUAAAGAGCUUAAGCAUAACUGCAGAAAACUUUGAUGUUGCACUUAGGCUGCUUAAGGAUCGCUAUGAUAAUAAAAGGCGUGUUGUAACUCAGCUUGUUACAAAAAUAAUUGAUUUGCCAUGCAUAAGUAGUGGUUCUCUCAAAAGUCUCCAACAUUUUCUCACAGUUUAUAAAGAGAACACUCAAGUUUUGAAAAAUCUCAACCAUGACAUAACAGCUGAAAAUACUCUGCUUGUCCUAACGCUUUUGAAAAAGUUACCUACUGAUUUAAGAAAAUCUUUUGAGGAUUCUCGCAUCACAAACAAUGACAUACCUGCAGUAAAUGAUCUAAUUCAAUUCCUUGAAAGAGAAUUUAAACGAUUAGAAGGAGCUAGUAUCGGUCUUGGUCCCUCAGCUAACGCAAGAUACCCUUCAGUGCAAAAGACUCAAUCUAAUAGUUAUAGGCCUAAACCUCUUCGAGAUAGUAAACCUUACUCCUCUCAAGCUAAAACAGCUUUCGUCACAGUGACUAACACUUGUAAGUUUUGUCAAGCAUCCGAUCACAAUAUAUACAAGUGUCAAGCCUUUCAGGCUAAAAGUAGAGGUGAUAGAGUUGAAUUCACUUGUAAAAAUAAUCUAUGCGCCAACUGCCUAGGCCAUCUACAUGAUACUAAUAACUGUCCUUCUCAUAGAGUGUGUCGAAUUUGUUCAAAGCGACAUCACACUCUCUUACAUGACUCAACUCCCACACAACAGCAGCCAAGUUACCCAACCAAGGUUUUUGAAAAAAAAUAUGGUAAGCCGCCUACAAAUAACGCACCCCAAAGCCAUGUCACCGCACCAGUGAAUAAAAGUGCUCUUGUAGGAUUGUCUAGCCAGUUAAACCCAACUAAAACAACAAUUUUACUUGGAACAUGUUUAGUUCAGGUGUUUACCAAAGAUGGUCAGCAAACUGUACUCCGUGCUGUGCUCGACUCUGCAUCUCAACUUACAUUGAUAUCUGAAAGAGCUGUUCAGCUCAUCAGUGCCUCCCGUACUCGAGCACAUGAUGAAAUCCAAGGAAUUUCUGGCUCACUAAUUCAUUCUAGAGGAAUAGUGCACAUUGAUAUAUCUGCAGUUAAUGGUCAACGCUUAGCCUACCAUCAUCCAUGCUUGGUUUUGAAUCGUAUCACUUCACCACUGCCUCAGAUCCCAGUCUCACCUCAAGUGAAGGGAUCCUUAAAUGAUUUUGUUCUUGCAGACCCCUGUUUUGACAAACCUGGAGAAAUUGAUCUAUUGAUCGGAGCUGAUUUAUUCGCUCUCUCACUGACUGGUGAGCAGCACUUCUUAGGCCAUAACCUGCCCCAAGUUUUAGGAACUAUAUUCGGAUUUGUUGUAAUGGGCAUAGCUCCUGUUGCUACAUCUGAGUUAUCAAUCCCAAAAACUGUUUCUUUUCUCACUACACAUGAUGGAGACCUUCACAGUUCAAUCCAAAGGUUUUGGUCAAUCGAAGAACCCCCGACAUGUGUCAAGACUCAGUCAGAAGAAGAUGUUCUCUGCUUACAGCAUUUUGAAAGAACCCAUACACGUGAUAACUCUGGUCGAUAUGUUGUUAAGUUACCGAAAAGACCAAAUCAUCCACUAUUAGGUGAAUCUUGUAGUACAGCUCAACUUAGACUUAAAGCGAUGGAAAGAAAAUUCGCUGCUCAGCCCGAAUUCAAAGAUUUAUACUCCGAAUUUAUGGAUGACUACAUCAAAUCAGGCCACAUGAGUACAUGUGAGCAACCCCUUUCUGGUGAAUGUUACUAUUUACCCCACCAUGGAGUAUUUAAGGAGAAUCCCCCUAAUUCCAAAAUACGAGUCGUAUUUAAUGGUAGUUCCAAAACAAACAAUGGCGUCUCCCUAAACGAUAUCCUCAUGCCUGGCCCUAAGUUGCAGAAUGAUAUUAGUGAUGUCUUGCUGUACUUUAGGUGUCACAAGUUUGUGUUCACUUGUGAUAUACGACAGAUGUAUCGCCAGAUUCUGGUGGCUGAAGAUGACAAGAAAUAUCAGUUAAUCUUUUGGCGAUCCAACCCUGAUGAAUCCCUUCAAGUCUUAAAGCUAAAUACCGUCACCUACGGUCUCAACUGUUCCCCGUUCAUUGCGAUCAGAACAUUACAACAAUUGGUCAAAGAUGAGGGUCACUCAUACCCCAAGGCGUCUGAGAUUCUAACUAAAUCAAUAUUUUAUGACGACAUCAUCGCUGGAGCAGAAAGUCUUGAUGAAGCUUUGUCUGCACAGAAUGAACUCAAGAACUUGCUCUCUAGAGGAGGUUUUGAACUCCGAAAAUGGAUUAGCAACGCACCUCAACUAUUGGACCAAGUCCCAAUUGAACACAAAGAGACUCCAGUGGAGUUAACUGAAAAUAGUGAAGCCUUCUUCAGUGUCCUCCUAGGUCUAAAAUGGACUCCAGAGUCCGACAUGCUUUCUUACAAGGUUAAGGAUGUUGAAAUAAGUGCUAUACUUACAAAGAGAAGAAUAUUAUCUACAAUCGCUAAACUGUACGAUUUACCAGGAUUUCUUACACCCGUAAUUUUCUGGGCAAAAACACUUAUUCAGUAUCUCUGGACAACAGGGCUAACUUGGGAUGAACCUGUUCCAAAUGAUGUUAGAACCAAGUGGCAUUCAUUCUUAGAAGAACUCCCAAUAAUUCAAGAAUUAAGAAUACCACGCUACAUUUCUACUUCUCUGCAUACGGCUGUGCAACUCCAUGGCUUCAGCGAUACUUCAGAGAAAGGCUACGCUGCUGUUGUCUACCUUCGUGUCACUGACUCUCAAGAGAAUACAAGGCUCUAUCUCAUCGUCUCUAAAUCAAAAGUCGCUCCUUUGAAAAUAAUUUCUCUGCCACGGCUUGAACUUUGUGGCGCUCACUUACUGGGAAAACUCCUUCAAUAUUCUUCAAACAUACUCUCUGCUCAUAUGAAGAUUGAAUCAAUCUAUGCUUGGUGUGACUCCACAAUUGUCCUAACCUGGAUACGUACUCUUCUAUACCGCUUGAAAGUCUUCAUUGCCAAUCGUAUUUCAGAACUCCAAGAAUUGGUCUCUCCUCACUCAUGGAAUUAUGUCAAAUCUCAAGACAACCCGGCCGAUUGCGCCACUCGUGGUCUUUCACCCUCUCAACUUGUGACUCAUUUAGAUCAUUUAUCAUUUGAUGUGAUCAUUUAUGGUGGAAUGGACCGGAAUGGUUACAGUCAUCGUCAGAUUCUUGGCCUAAGCCAAAAUUCACACCUGUUAUUGAUGAUGACACUCUUGAAAUAA